GCCCGGCGCUUCGCGUCCGGGCGCAGGCGCCACCGUGAGCUCGCGGUGGAGGGCUGCACGCCCGGGGAGAGUGUCCCCAUGAGCUGCCAGGUCUCGGUGCUGUAUUUCGCCAGGAGCGCGGAGCUGGCGGGCCUGCGCUGCGAGACCCUCUCAGUGCCACGGCAGGUCACCUCUCUGCAGCUCUGGGAGGAGAUCGUCAAGAUUCACCCAAGGCUUGCUGUCAUCCGGGAUCAAGUGGUUUUUGCUGUUCGGCAGGAGUACGUGCUUCUUGGAGAUCACCUCCUGGUCCUGCAGCCUGGAGACGAGGUUGCCAUCAUCCCACCAAUUAGUGGAGGCUGAAUCUAGCCAGGUUCUCUUAGCCUUUCUAGUGAGCUAUGGAUGAAAGUGAAGAUGUGCCAAAAGAUUUUAUCAAGCUCAAGUCUGAGAAGCUCUCUGUAGAUGAAGUGUCAGAGCUGGUCAUUUCACCAUAUUGU